AACAUGAAACAUAUUGCGCUUUGGGGCGAAACGGAAUCUACGGAACCGAAGGCUUUGAAGACAAUGGAUGUAGUUGCUUCUUUUCCUGAAGAAGUGACAGACAUGGUUUUCUCCCAUCUACAGUCAAAUGAUCUGGAAAAUUGUUGCGGAGUUAGCCAGCUUUGGAGGAGGACAAUCGAACGCUUUAAACAGAGACAACGUGCACGGCUGAAGUAUAAUUGGCAACAUGGAAAAUACUCUGUCAAUUGUUCCCCAAUCAGUAUUGGGUUGAAUAUACAGAUUGGCCUGAGGUUCAAGGAAUACGAGUUUGAAGUAGUUCCUGUAAAUGAUCCUUGUGAUCAGGUCUUCCCUGUAAAUAUGUAUUUUAAGGACCCCGGGUGCUCAGGCGCAGAAGUUUUAUCUAUAAUUAAUAUUGAUUCAAACUCGAGAAUUAAAUUACAUCAGUUACCUCGAACUUCUUCUGAGAUGAGUGUUGUAAUUGUCGUGGGGGACUCUAUAGCUUGGUUGGAACCUUCAGCUGUGCUGAAACAUUACAAUGCCGAACUAGCAUCAAAUGGUUCAAAAGUGGAAACUUUUGGAAAACAUGAUGAUUCUCGGACUGAUGAGGAUUUCGAAGGUGUAGAAAAAUACAAGUCUGACAAUGGAUAG